AAGUAACUCUCCAUAAAAAGUCAGUUUGGUAGAUAUAAAUAGCAGUAUAGUAGCAAAGAAUAAAUAGCAGUACGCGAUACACAGAGGCUUUUUUGGAGUCACUGGGAGGGACGUUUGACCUUCAUUUGGGCGUUUGGUGAUUAGUUUUCUGCUUAUAAUAAAGACACGCAACACUUCUAACGUUAGCUCAGUGUGCUGUGACUGUGACCCGGCCCGGGCAGCUGACUGGACUCAGGAGUCAGGACCAUGACGAGCUCAGAGAUACUGACCAUAGUCGUGCUCUUUACCGUCCUGUGCUCCGGACAAACAUCCCAGGAACUCACAGACACACAACUGUCCCAGCAGGAAAUGGAGAACGAAUUGGUUGAGGCUAUGACAGCACUUUUGGGAAGAUAUCAGCCUCAUUUACCAUCUUCAGAAAAACGUGGCAUUCCACAGUGUGCUGUGGGCUCCCGCUGCGCCAUGAGACUGGGCCCACGCUUUGGGAAACUGUGUGAAUGUGUCAGAGGAUCUAACUGUAACUCAUUUCUCCUAAAAUGCAUCUGAGUCAUUAAAAAAGCAGCAAAUCCAUAAUCCUUUCUUGAAGCUGUAAAGUCAUGCACCUGAAAGAGGCAGCACGUGGAAAUUUGUUUUCUGAAUCACUUGUACAAGGUCUAUGACAAGCAUUCAUCAAAACGCAGCAUGACAAGCAAUAGCAAAGCAUGGGUUUAAUGUGUUUAUUCAUUUAUAUUUUUAAUGUUUGUCUUGUGUUAUCAAUAAACAUAGUUAUUAU